AUGUAUGGAAGUGCAAGAACAAUCACCAAUCUGGAAGGAAGCCCUUCCAGAUCUCCUCGUUUGCCAAGGUCUCCUCGUUUGGGCCACCGAAGAACAAGUAGUGGGGGAGGUGGAGGAGCAGGAAAGACUCUGUCCAUGGAGAAUAUUCAGUCCCUUAAUGCAGCCUAUGCUACGUCUGGACCCAUGUACCUGAGUGAUCAUGAGGGAGUGGCUUCGACAACUUACCCAAAGGGCACCAUGACUCUGGGAAGGGCCACAAAUAGAGCUGUGUAUGGAGGUCGCGUCACAGCCAUGGGGAGUAGUCCCAAUAUUGCUUCUGCUGGACUUUCCCACACAGAUGUCCUUUCUUACACAGAUCAACAUGUAGGUCUGACCAGCUCAUCCCAUCACCACCACCACCAGGUCCCCUCCAUGUUGAGGCAGGUAAGGGAUAGCACAAUGUUAGACUUUCAGGCCCAGCUCAAGGAACUGCAGAGAGAGAAUGAACUCCUUCGGAAGGAGCUGGACAUCAAGGACAGCAAGUUGGGGUCUUCCAUGAACAGUAUCAAGACCUUCUGGAGUCCUGAGCUCAAGAAGGAGAGAGUCUUGAGGAAAGAAGAAGCAGCCCGGAUGUCUGUCCUCAAGGAGCAGAUGAGGGUUUCCCAUGAAGAAAAUCAGCACCUGCAGUUGACGAUCCAGGCGCUUCAGGAUGAGCUGCGAACCCAGAGAGACCUCAACCACCUCCUGCAGCAGGAGAGCGGCAACCGCGGCGCCGAGCACUUCACCAUCGAGCUGACCGAGGAGAACUUCCGGCGGCUGCAGGCCGAGCAUGACCGGCAGGCCAAGGAGCUGUUCCUGCUGAGGAAGACCCUGGAGGAGAUGGAGCUGAGGAUCGAAACGCAGAAACAGACCCUCAACGCCCGAGACGAGUCCAUUAAGAAGCUUCUGGAGAUGUUACAGAGUAAAGGCUUGCCGUCCAAGAGUCUGGAGGAAGACAACGAACGGACGCGACGGGUGGCAGAGGCCGAGUCUCAAGUCAGCCACUUGGAGGUGAUCUUAGACCAGAAAGAGAAGGAAAACAUACAUCUGAGGGAGGAAUUGCACCGGAGAAGCCAACUUCAGCCGGAGCCAGCCAAGACGAAAGCUCUCCAGACUGUCAUUGAGAUGAAGGACACAAAAAUUGCUUCAUUGGAGCGAAACAUAAGGGAUCUUGAGGAUGAGAUCCAGAUGUUAAAAGCCAAUGGUGUGCUGAACACUGAGGACCGUGAAGAAGAGAUCAAACAAAUAGAGGUUUACAAAAGUCACUCCAAGUUCAUGAAAACUAAGAUUGAUCAGCUGAAGCAGGAACUUUCAAAGAAGGAAUCAGAACUUCUUGCCUUACAAACAAAGCUUGAAACCCUUAGCAAUCAAAAUUCAGAUUGCAAGCAACACAUUGAAGUGCUUAAAGAGUCGCUUACUGCCAAAGAACAGCGGGCUGCCAUUCUUCAAACCGAGGUAGAUGCGCUGCGAUUACGCCUGGAAGAGAAAGAAUCCUUUCUCAAUAAAAAAACCAAACAGCUGCAGGACCUCACGGAAGAGAAGGGGACGCUGGCCGGGGAGAUUCGUGACAUGAAGGAUAUGUUAGAAGUGAAGGAAAGGAAGAUCAACGUUCUUCAGAAAAAGAUUGAAAACUUGCAAGAACAACUUAGGGAUAAAGACAAACAGCUGACCAAUCUGAAGGACAGAGUGAAGUCCUUGCAGACAGAUUCCAGUAACACCGACACUGCCCUGGCGACGCUUGAGGAGGCCUUGUCAGAGAAGGAAAGAAUUAUUGAGCGCUUAAAAGAACAGCGGGAAAGAGAUGAUCGGGAAAGACUAGAAGAGAUAGAAUCUUUCCGAAAAGAGAACAAAGACCUGAAAGAGAAGGUCAAUGCUUUGCAAGCUGAGCUAACUGAGAAAGAGUCUAGUUUAAUUGACCUCAAGGAGCACGCAUCUUCGUUAGCCUCGGCAGGGCUGAAAAGGGACUCGAAAUUAAAAUCUCUAGAAAUAGCCAUCGAACAAAAGAAAGAAGAAUGUAGCAAAUUGGAAGCGCAGUUGAAAAAGGCUCAUAAUAUUGAAGAUGACUCCAGGAUGAACCCCGAGUUUGCAGACCGAAUAAAACAGCUCGAUAAAGAGGCGUCUUACUAUCGCGACGAGUGUGGCAAGGCCCAAGCUGAAGUGGACAGGUUGCUGGAGAUCCUCAAGGAGGUGGAGAACGAAAAGAACGACAAGGACAAGAAGAUCGCGGAACUGGAGAGGCAUAUGAAGGAUCAGAAUAAGAAGGUGGCCAACCUCAAGCACAACCAGCAGCUGGAAAAGAAGAAGAAUGCCCAGCUCCUGGAGGAAGUGCGCAGGCGGGAAGAUAGCAUGGCUGACACCUCCCAGCACCUGCAGAUAGAGGAGUUGAUGAAUGCCCUGGAGAAGACCAGGCAGGAGCUGGACGCCACCAAGGCACGCCUGGCCUCCACACAGCAGUCCCUGGCUGAGAAGGAAGCACACUUGGCCAACCUCCGAAUAGAGAGGAGGAAACAGCUGGAGGAGAUCCUGGAGAUGAAACAGGAAGCGCUGCUUGCGGCAAUCAGUGAGAAAGAUGCAAACAUCGCCCUUCUGGAACUGUCUGCCUCCAAAAAGAAAAAGACACAGGACGAAGUGAUGGCCCUCAAGCGGGAGAAAGACCGACUGGUGCACCAGCUAAAGCAGCAGACGCAGAACAGGAUGAAGCUGAUGGCAGACAACUAUGACGAGGAUCACCACUACCACCACCACCACCACCACCACCAUCACCACCGGUCUCCUGGGAGGUCGCAGCAUUCCAAUCACAGGCCCUCUCCCGACCAGGAUGACGAGGAGGGCAUAUGGGCAUAG